UUUUCCUUUUGUCCGCCUUUUCCUUCCGUCUCUCCGCUUUCCCUCGGGCGAAGAAGGGGAGGACAUGCGAUACGGUAGCUGCGAUUUGGGAGCGGAGAUCGGACGGCAGAGAAAUGUCUGAGCUCAGGGAUCCGGCGAUCAAGCUUUUCGGCAAGACGAUCCCGCUGCCUGAGAACCUUCCUUCGCCCGCGACAGUGGAGGAUAAGGAGGAGUGCCCUCCCGAUACGGCUCCGGCGCCGGAGAUGCCCGAGGACGACGAGAAGGAUAUAUGCAAAGAAAAAACAGACAUGGAAGUCAAUGAUCCUAUGCCAGAUGCUCUAGAGGAACUGAACCAGGAUGACCCAAAUGGUUCUGGUUUGAACAUUGGAAGUGAAGAUGAUAAUCAGGCGCCCAACCAGGACAUGGAAGUAGCAACAGAUUCCAAAGCUGAGCAUGAUAAGACUGAGACUGACAGCUCUGGCCAAGAGAAGGUCCUUAAGAAGCCAGAUAAGGUUCUGCCAUGUCCUCGCUGCAAUAGUAUGGAUACCAAGUUCUGUUAUUACAAUAACUACAAUGUUAACCAACCCAGGCACUUCUGCAAGAAUUGUCAGAGAUAUUGGACUGCAGGAGGGACCAUGAGAAAUGUCCCUGUCGGUGCUGGAAGGCGUAAAAAUAAGCACUCUACCUCACAGUAUCGUCACAUAAUGAUGUCUUCUGAUGGACUAGCAUCUGGUCGAAUAGAUGCUUCUGAUCUAAUCCCUCACCAGGCUCUUCCUUGUGGGCCUUCUGUCCCUAUGAGGUCUAUGAAGGGAAAUGGUACUGUACUAAAAUUUGGACCAGAAGUGCCGCUUUGUGAGUCCAUGGCCUCUGUGCUCAAUCUUGGAGAACAGAAGAAAAAUGCUGGUUUAGGCUCCAUUGCUUGUGGCGAAAACAGGGAGGAACCCUCAUGUGCAUCUUCUGUGACAGCCUCCAACUGUGUGGAAAAUGGACUCCCAGAAAAUGUGGCUCACAUGGAACAAAAUGGUACACAAGGAUAUUGUAAUGGAUUGACUCCCAUGCCUCAUUUGCAGUGUUAUCCUGGGGCUCCUUGGGCUUACCCUUGGGGUCCAGGAUGGAACAACAUUGCUGCCAUGGCAGCAGGUAGAUGCUCAUCCGAGGUUGUUUAUGGACCAGAGAAUGGGAGCCCAAGUCUGAUCCCAUGGAGCCCCCCACCAAUGAUGUCGGCUCUGGCUUUUUGUGCACCAACAAUUCCCUUUCCUUUUAUGCCACCUUCAUUUUGGGGCUGCAUGUCUAGCUGGCCCAAUGGAGCAUGGAAUGCACCAUGGGUUGGAUCUAAUGGCAGCACAUCACCAUCAUCCUCUACAAGAAACAAUGGUUGCUUAGGCAAUGGCUCUCCGACCUUGGGUAAGCAUUCUAGGGAUGCAAAUUUACAGGGUGAGGAGAAGAUGGAAAAAUAUUUAUGGGUUCCUAAAACCCUGAGAAUUGAUGAUCCGGAUGAGGCUGCAAAGAGUUCUAUAUGGGCUACCCUUGGCAUAAAGCCUGAAGAAGGUGGCAUCUUUAAACCUUUCCAAUCCAAGGCAGAAAGCAAGCGUCGGACAUCAGAUGACGCUCAGAUCUUGCAUGCAAAUCCAGCAGCAUUAUCCCGCUCUCAGUCCUUUCAGGAGAAUACAUAAUAGAGUGACUUUGGAAUAUUCUGGGGAAAUCGUCUAUUCUUAGUGGAUUAUACCAAAAUGGUUGUUACUUUUUGGGGAUGUGCCAGCUGCUUGUAGCUUGUGGUUCCAAUAUGGCUGCAUUUUUAUAUGUACCUAAGAUAGCAGAUUAUGACAUCUCACAGAUAGCCAGUGGUGAAGCUGGCUAGUGCUAUCUUUAAAGCUACCAGGGCACAUGGCCAGGUUUGCCAAGAUUUCUACAAUAAUUGAAGAAUUCAUGUUGUAAAUAGUAGUGAUAAAGGUUAUCGUUUAUAGCCUUCACUUUCAAAAUAUUUUCUCUAUAUGCUGCCUAUCCUGUCUCUAGGACUAAGCUACAUGCUUGGUAAAUCAAGAAAGGAAGAUGCACUUUAUAAUUCAUCCUGAUGCUAUCGAAGGAAGAGCACAACUUUAGAAACUAAAGGUCCAAUCUAAACCUUAAUACCUUAUCCCAUAUGAGAGAAAGAAAUAGAAUCUUAGUUGAGUUUUUGUAGAGUUUUUUUUUGUUUGACAAAAUAUCUUCUGUUGUGACGUUUGUAUGAGUUGAAGCUAUAAUGUUGAAUUUCUAUGUUGAUGAAUUUAUUUUUGUGAUUCACAAUUUCCUCU